AUGCCAUCAACCACAGAGACCAUUUUGAAGAUCUUAGAUGCUUCUGCUAAUGUUGUCACGAUUACUACACCAGCCCUUGUACCGGCCAGCAAGCUGGAUGUUAACGGCAACUCUAAAACCCUGGAAGAAACAGCUGAAAUCAUGGAUUGGCACACUCACGAUAUGUUGCAGGAGUAUUAUGAUUGUGUCCAGUCCUCCAGGACAGAUCUAAAGUUCUGUGCCUAUGCCAAAGAGGCCGCAGAGCUAAACGAAAGCACCAUAACCUCCUCACAAGAGGCUCGGAGUAAGCAUCUGUGGACAAGAAAGAGAACACUGGAUGGACCGUCGCUGGAUGCUGCUAUCAACCAUUAUGAUAACACUUCCUCUAUGGAUAUUACAUCCAUAGAAGAAAACCCCUUUCACGAGACAGCAUCAGUCAUUGUACCUGACUAUGUGUUUGAUCUGGUAUCUGAGUCCAGCGUGGCCGAUUCCGAGAGUGCUUACUUUGAGCCCGGAGACAUUGGCUAUCAUGACAGUUUACUUCAGUGA